UGUGACGUCAUCAGGCGAGUGAAAGACAGAAAGUGAAAGAAAACUGCAGAGAAAGCAGAAGCAGAAAUCAGACAAAACCUUCCUGAAUCUGGAGAAAACAGCGGAUAUUCACUCACAGGCAUGGUGUCCUCCAGUGGUCUGAAUGAGGAGCUCCAGUGCUCCAUCUGUCUGGAUGUGUUCACUGAUCCAGUCACCACUCCAUGCGGACACAACUUCUGCAGAACCUGCCUGAACAAAUACUGGACAAUCACACACACCUGCUGCUGUCCUUUAUGUAAAGAGGAAUUCAGCAAACAGCCUGAUCUGAAGGUCAACAUCGCACUGAGAGAGGUGGUGGAGCACUUUAAGCAGCAGAGCAGUCCAGCAGAAUCUGAGACGACGGAGGACAGAAUGAAGAUUCAAGAGAUCCGCCACUCAGAGGACUCGAAUAAGCCUCCUGCCUCCAGUGGAUUUCCUACAUCUCAAAUACUCCACAUGUCAAACUGGAUAGUUGCUAGUCUGGUGGUCCUGCUGGCUGUGUCAUUACUGUUCAUCAUGCCUGCUUCUCAAAACAUCCGGUUGGAGUUGGUACAGAAACAUGCAGUGGAUGUGACUCUGGAUCAUGACACGGCGAAUCCAUUUCUCAUCCUGUCUGAUGAUGAAAAACAAGUCAGUUGUGGAUACGUUGAGAGGAACAUUCCAGAAAACCCAGAGAGGUUUAAUGAAACGGCUUGUGUUCUGGGGAAACAGGGCUUCAGUUCUGGUAAAUUUUACUAUGAGGUGCAGCUGAAGGGGAAGACUGACUGGACUGUAGGAGUAGCUAAAGAAUCCAUCAGCAGAAAAGGGCAGAUCAUACUGAGUCCUGAGAAUGGGUUCUGGACAGUGUGGCUGAGGAAUGGAAAAUAUGAAGCCCUGAAAUCUCCACCUGUCUCUCUCUCGCUGUGGACGAGCCCUGAGAAGGUUGGAGUGUUUGUGGAUUAUAAGAAGGGUCUGGUCUCCUUUUAUAAUGUGGAUGCCAGAUCUCACAUCUACUCUUUCACAGCUCAGACUUUCACUGAAACACUCUAUCCAUACUUUAGUCCAUGUCUAAAUGAUGAUGGUAAGAACUCAAAGCCACUGAUCAUCACACCUGUUGUAAUCGAUGUCAGCUCAGAUUAACAGCAGGAGGAGUUUGAUUAUUAAAGCUGGAUUAACUGUGGGUGUUCUGUUGUUUUA